CGCCAUUUUAUUCCGCCCUGACAUAGCGGGCCCCGCGUAACAACAGCGUGAGCCGCCGCCGGCUGCUUCUGGUGGUGGUGGUCGCAGCCCCGCGGACUCAUCGCCACUCUCCCAGCAGCCAUGGCGCUCAAGAUCGUCAAGGGGAGCCUGGAUCGCAUGUUCGACAAGAACCUGCAGGAUUUAGUGCGCGGCAUUCGCAAUCACAAGGAGGAGGAGGCAAAGUUCGUCGCUCAGUGCAUCGAGGAGAUUAAGCACGAAUUGAAGCAGGACAACAUCAAUGUGAAGGGGAACGCAGUGGCAAAGCUUGCCUACCUCCAGAUGCUGGGAUAUGAUGUGAGCUGGGGCGCUUUCAACAUCAUCGAAGUCAUGAGUUCAGGAAAAUUCACGCACAAGAGGGUGGGAUAUUUGGCUGCAUCUCAGUCAUUCCAUGAGGGCACCGACGUGCUCAUGCUCACCACCAACAUGAUCCGCAAGGACCUGAACAGCCAGAAUCAGUACGACGCGGGCGUGGCCCUCACCGGUGUGUCCUGCUUCAUCACGCCCGACCUGGCCCGUGACCUCGCCAAUGACCUCAUGACCUUGAUGUCCUCAACACGCCCAUAUGUACGCAAAAAGGCUGUACUCAUCAUGUACAAGGUGUUCCUAAAGUACCCCGAGUCGCUGCGCCCUGCAUUCCCACGCCUCAAGGAGAAACUAGAGGAUCCAGACCCAGGUGUGCAAUCGGCAGCUGUAAAUGUGAUCUGCGAGCUGGCACGGAGAAACCCAAAGAACUACCUAUCGCUGGCACCUCUCUUCUUCAAGCUCAUGACGUCCUCCACCAACAACUGGGUCCUCAUCAAGAUCAUCAAGCUGUUUGGAGCGCUCACCCCACUCGAACCCCGUCUGGGCAAGAAACUCAUCGAGCCGUUGACGAACCUCAUCCACAGCACAUCCGCAAUGUCCCUGCUGUACGAGUGCGUCAACACCGUCAUUGCUGUUCUCAUCUCGCUGUCGUCUGGGAUGCCUGACCACAGUGCAAGCAUACAGCUCUGCGUCCAGAAGCUGCGCAUUCUCAUCGAAGACUCGGAUCAGAACCUGAAGUACCUGGGGCUGCUAGCCAUGUCCAAGAUCCUGCGCACUCACCCCAAGUCCGUGCAGUCCCACAAGGACCUCAUUCUGCAGUGCCUCGAUGAUAAGGAUGAAUCGAUCCGGUUGCGAUCGCUCGACCUGCUCUACGGCAUGGUGUCCAAGAAGAACCUGAUGGAGAUCGUGAAGAGGCUGAUGGUGCACAUGGAUAAGGCGGAGGGCACGACCUACCGCGACGAGCUGCUCACCAAGAUCAUCGACAUCUGCAGUCAGUCCAACUACCAGCAUGUCACCAACUUUGAGUGGUACGUGAGCAUCCUGGUGGAGCUGACUCGCCUGGAGGGCACCCGCCACGGCCACCUCAUCGCCGAGCAGGUGCUGGACGUGGCGAUCCGCGUGCGCGCCAUCCGCGCCUUCGGCGUGCGCCAGAUGGCGCUGCUGCUCGACAACGUGCACGUGCCCGCCAGCAACGGGCAGCGCAACGGCAUCUGCGAGGUCCUGUACGCAGCCGCAUGGAUCUGCGGAGAGUUCUGCCAGCACCUGGAGGAACCGCGCGUCACCCUGGAGGCCAUGCUGCGUCCCCGCGUGUGCAGCCUGCCCGGCCACAUCCAGGCCAUGUACGUGCACAACAGCAUGAAGCUUUACGCCAGCAUGCUGACCAGCGCCGGCUCGGCCUCCGCCUCUGGUGGAGGAGGAGCAGGGGGAAGCGCUGGUGGCGCCGCCGAGGUUGCCGUUGGCGACGGCGGAGACGCGGAAGAGGGCUGCACCGCGGGUGGCGUCAUCGAGGAGGUGACGGCGCUUCUGCUUGAGCGGCUGCCGCAGUUCGUGCAGAGCGGCGACCUGGAGGUGCAGGAGCGGGCGUCGUGUGCGCUGCAGCUCGUGCGCUACGUGCAGAAGCUGCAGGGCAGGGACGUCGAUGUGACGGAGGAGCUCAGUGCUCUCUUCAGCGGGGAGCUCAACCCCGUUGCGCCCAAGGCUCAGAGGAAGGUCCCCGUCCCAGACGGGUUGGACCUGGAGGCCUGGAUCAAUGAGCCCGAGCCGGAGAGCUCAUCCGACGAGGAACAGGGCGGCAACACCUCCAUGUUCGUCAAGGAGGACGCAGAUCCCUGCAAGCCCCGGCAGGCCGACCUCAAGCCUGAGGAGGUUGCCAAGAUGAGAGAGCAGAGAAGAAAGGAUCAGGAAAACAAUCCAUACUACAUCAAGAGCUCCCCGUCUCGAAGAAAGCAGGAACCAUUGCCUGGGGUAGACCACAUCCCAGUGGUGCAGAUAGAUCUCACUGUGCCACUCAAGGUGCCAGGUAUCCCGCUCUCAGACCAGUACCUGCGCAUGGAGGAGGAGCGCCGAAAGAAGCAGCGCGAAGAGCGCGAGAAGAAAAAAAAGAAGAAGAUGAAGGAGGAGGCUGGCAGCGGUGGCGGAGGAGGGGGGGAGCAGGGCAAGCGCAGCCGACGGCGGAGGAAGGGGUCGGCGCACACGGAGAGCGAGGAGGACAUCGCGCCGGCGCACACGGUCGACAUCGUCACGGAGGAGAUGCCCGAGGACGCACUGCCGAGUGAUGAUGAUGACAAGAAAUAUGACCCCAACGACCCCUACAGAGCCCUGGACAUUGAUCUGGACAAACCCCUGCAGGUAGAGAAACCGGUGACCCCACGACCCCCGCAGCCCUCGCCCGGCCUGAAGGGAACCUCCUCGCCUCCCGGAGGAGCGGAGCAAGAGAGGAAUGAGCAGGGAACGCCCCCCACUAAACCCACUCACAAGCCCCGCAAAGAGAAGGGGAGGGAGAAGGAGAAGAACAAGAAGAAAGCCAAGAAAGAUAAGAAAGAGAAGCGAUGCGAGGAGGGUGCUGUGGGCGGUGCGGCCGUGGUGGUGGUGGUGGCCGGUGAGGGUGAGGAGACGCCAGGGGCAGCCUCACCCCAGUCUCAACAGCCCAGCGAGCCCAGCGUCGAUGACCUAGACUUCUGGCUGUCGGUUUCUGACGCGCCACCUCCCUCCAAAUCCAAGUACGAGCCGAUCGGAAGCGCGUUGUCACCAGCUGGUCCGGACGAACAGAGCACAGAGGAGGUGGACACAGUCAAGCCUGAUAAGAAAAGCUCGAAACACAAGAAGGACAAGAAACACAAGAAGGACAAGGAGGAGGAGGAGGUGGUGGCGGCAGACAGGAAGAAGGACAAGAAGAAGAAGAAAGGGAAGACCAAGGGUGGCUCCGGUGACGAAGCACCUAAGGAAAAUGGGGCAGCCGAGAGCCUCGUACUGCCGGUCAUGUCCAACUACAAGCUGCUCGCAGAAAAUGAGCAUCUCAAAAUCACGUACGACAUUCGCGGGAACCCGACGGAGAGCGGGCAGGUGCUGGUGCCCAUGCUGCUCGAGAACCGCUGCAGCGCACAACUCAAGGCCAUGGAGUUCAACGUGCUGGACUCCAUCAACAUGCGGCUGGUCCGUCCGGCAAGCGCCUCCAGCCACGACGGCAUUGCCGUGCCCUUCCAGCUGCCUCCUGGCGUGUCCAACGAGACGCACUUCGCCUUCACUGUCGAGAGCAUCGUCAAUCCGCAGAAGCUCAAGGGGACGCUCACGUACAUGGUCAUGUCGAAUGAGAUCUUGUCUCAUGAGAAGUUGGACUUUGCGCUGCAGUUCACGUGUACCUCCUACCUCCUCGCCAGUCCCUGUUCCAGUGACAUGUUUGCGGAGCUGAUAGGCGAGGGAGAGCUGGCUGCGAGCUCUGUGAAGGUGAGCGACGUGGAGCUGCCCUUCCCCGUGCUGCUCGCCAAGAUCUGCUUCCACCACCACUUCUCUGUGGUGGAGCACAUUGGCUCGUGCGCCUCCCUCUACAGCCGCUCCAUCCAAGAGCACCCCGUCUGUCUGCUGCUCAAGCUGCUGGAUGAGCGGACGAUAUCUAUGGACGGCAAGAGCAGCGACUCCUCGCUGCUUUCCUUCGUCAUGGACGAGGUGAAGCAGACGCUGAGGUCCCCGUGAGGAGGGUGGCUCCUCCCGGACCUCCGUCGCCACGGCCACCUUAGCCCGCCCACCUUCUCGGCACGCACGCACGCCUGCCCACCCGCCCGCUCGCUCGCCCGCCUGCCCAGGUCACACUGCCGGUGAUAACCACGAUGAACUGCGUCAGCGAAAUCAUUCGCCUCGUUUAGGAUCCGGCCUAGAGAGGGGCGGGGGGGUACUUUUAUUUCUAAACUUCGAGUAACGCAGUCGAUUCCAGUCACAGCCUCCCUUGUGAUGUGUCCAGUUUGAGCUGUGUACUGCUCUGUGCGGUCUGUGUGUGUGUGCGCGUGUGUGCGUGGGGCUGCCUUUGCUGUCUUAAACUUUUAACUGGGAAAAAAAACGUUGUGCAAUUGGAAGGAUUCACUCCUUGGUUGCGGUGUUACCCAGGCUGUCAGUUUCCGUAAGGCUCACCAGGGCCAGGUAUCAUUGCGAUCCUUUCACAAUACACAACAUGCGUUGAUCAGUAGCCUGCAAAGUUUUAUUAUUUUACAUUCUUUCAAAUGCUGAUUAGUUUAUUGUCGUUGUUUGUUUAGUUUCGAUUUGCAUUUGAGUCGUAAUGUAUUUUAUUCCUUAAUGUAGGAGGGUGCUGCAGUGAAUGUUGCGUUUAUAUUUAUGCCGUUACCCGUGAAGUGUUUUUUUUUGUCGCUGCUGCUGCCGUUAAGUUUGCGUUUUAAAGGGCCUUUUGCUGGCUGUUGAAACAGUAUUUUUCCUAGCCGAAUUGGCUACGACUGGGCUUUGUGAGCUGUUUUGUAAAUAUACAUACAAAAUCAGUUAAUCGGCUGAAAUUAAUGACGAGGUUACGUUUGCAAUUCUUGUGGUCAGUGCUGUGAAAAAUGAUGGCUUCUCAGUCAUGUAGCCACCAGAUUAUGUACAUUUUUCGGAGGGGUGUGGUACUGCAUUGGGAACAAGAUAUUGAAAGUUAAUUUAUCGACACUAUUUAAUUCAUGUUUGACUAUGGUCUGCCCUAACAUCGGUGCACUUACUGUAUUACACGCUGAAUACAAUGAAGAUUAGACUUCAUUUUAUUAAUCAGCACGACUGCCUACCCAAAUAUCUUGUUCUCAAAACGAACUGCCUGCCGUGUCUGUUACCAUUGGCAAACUGAGAAAAUAUUAUUGAUUUGUUGAUCAUCAGUGUGCAAAGAGGAUUGCAAUGAAAAGUUUGAAAUGGUUUAACAAUAAUAAUUUCAUUUUAUAGAGCGUCAUUCAUGCAAUUGCAUCCUGCAACGCUGCACAUCAAUUAUAUCCAGCUUCAUACAAAAAAUACAAAAGUAAAACCCCACUACUUUGCAAGAAAAAAAUGAAUACAUAAAAUAGGAGAAAAAAAUGUGCGUAACAAGAAAAAAUCAUCGCAGAUGAAAUAAAUUUAAUUAAUAGAUCUGCUGUCUCCAUACCCCAGACCACAAUCCCAACAUUUCUCCGGAUUUUGGAGAACCUUCACUCCGUAGAGUGAAGAUCACACCGAGGAGGCAACGUAUCAAAUGUAGUCUACAUCUCGAUUGUUACAGUGAUAGUGCCCUGAUGGACACUUUCACACCGAUCGUUGGAACUUUGCAAUCACCCGGCUAAGCAUGACACCAAUUCUAAAAUCUCAAUGCACGCAAAAAAAUGUCACUGUAAACAUCCAAUUAUGCUGUGGGUAUCACUGCACGACGUGUUAUUGGCAAGCAAAUAUCAUGUGACAUUGCAUGCGUCUUCCUUGCUCUGUAUCGCCACUUUUCUAAGUUAAACUCCCUCGAUGCAAAGCGAUCAUACGCACAUUGCACAGUGCAUGCAGUAGUCCAUGGUGAAUGUGUCCUUCAUUCUAACUUAAAUCUUAACUCUGUCUUUAUUAAAUAACCACCACCCCUUAAGUUCGAUAUUUUUAAUUGGAAUCUCCUGCCGUAAUUACUCGUAAUUUAAUCUACGUAGAACAAUAAUUUGGUGCCUCUAAAAUGCAGAAGAUGCACAGUACUGAGGGUUUAUAGGUGGCAGAUUUUUGAAGUAGUAUGGCACGCCCCUGGUUUUUGUUGCCACAUGUACGUACGAGAGCCACCCUCCCAUUUGUUUAGUUUGAAGUCGGCGCUGUCCAACGCUUGGAGGCUGAGAAGGUGGGGUGGGGGGGCAGCUGCUGCUGGAGCAGAACUCAAACUGACUUCUUGGAAGAAAAAAAAAUACCACACGAGGCAAGUGGUUAGCGAUCCGGACUGCGAAUGUCGUGGCAAUUGAGAGCUGCCGAAGCAUUUGCGGUGUGUGACCCUGCUCAAUUGAGCGUGGGGUGACAUCGCCCCCAUGAGAGGUCCCGAGUCUGUUAUGGAAAUUUUGCAUGUCCAUGGCGUUGGGCCAUUAAUUUGAAAGGAUGACCACUGUUAACUUCCUGCAAAGUGAUGGUAAUCAUUGUUGGCGAAGCCAGGUAAUUUUUAAAUUGUCAUCUGCGUGACUAACAUACGUAAAAUUGUUGUACAGUUAGAUAAAUGUACGCACCAAUGAGGGUGGAGAGUGUCACUUAUCUAUAAGGUGAUUUAAAGAUUGGUAGUAGAGUAGUUUAUGAAGUAGUGUGUACUUCAGUCGUGGUACUCAUUUGAAUGACCCCAUGCAGUUGAUGGGCUGAGUCAAGCCCUGACUGGGAUUUGAGCCAACAAAUUCCUUAUCUCCACCAUGUGAAUGUAGAAUUUCCACCACUGGUUCAGUGCCACCAGUGCUGCCCCAUUGCUCGGUUUGAGCCGGGAGACACUUUAGAUUUUUUUAAACAAUUUGCAAAGCCAUUUUUUGGCGUGGCGUUUGAAUAGCCGUGCGCAAGUGUUUUGUGAUUUGUUAUUUUCUUCCUGCAACACAGUUUCAUUUCUAUUUUUGUGGUGGUGCGGUUGUAGAUGCGUUGAGUUUACAAAGGCGCCUUUUCUUAGCGGGGAGUUGCCCUCAUGCUGCAAUGGUUCUGCUGGUGUACAUAGGAGCCGUGAAGUGCGACCACUGAUCCGUUUAUUUACCUGCAGCCCCGUAGCCUCCCCUGACGGCUACUCCAGCUGAUACGUCCUCCUCGUGCAUGCGCGAAUGAACGCACAUUGACAUGGACACAGGCACGCUCACUUUAGUCUGGUCAUCUGUGCAUCGGGUGAUUUCAUUUGAAGCACAUUAAUUAGCCACGUGUAAAAAUAAUAUUGUUUUUCUGUAAAAAAAAUAGUAUAUAAUCGUAAAAAACAUCCUGUAGGAUUUUGGCAAUUGAGUGAACAGUACAUCACCGAGUUUCCAAUUAGAAGUAGGAGAAAAUGUCCUGUUUUUUUCAAACCGUACUUUUUGUUUCCCUUCCCAGUUCUAUAUCAAUUGUAUUUGCAUCCUCUCAAGAGAUGAGACGACCUCGCAAACGCCCGCUUCUAAAUUCGCUACAAGAGGCCUCUGCACUGAGCGGUGACGCAUUUCACGAGUCCCGCAAAGAGCGCCGCAUGUAAAUUGACGUUGAGAAUGUUUUAUAUAGCUAGAGCUGGGUUAUGCAGUAAUUCAUGGUUGAUUUUCGGGGUACAUCCUUCAGCUCUCAGCUGAGCAUAGGCAAUUAACAAUGCUGUCACGUGAACAAACAUGCCAUUUUACUACUGCUUCAGUGCAAUUGUUAAAUGUUGUGGAUUGCCGAAGCAGUAAUAAAUUAAAACUUUUGUUGGCGUGACAACUUUAUCAAUUGUCUGUGUCAGCUGGAGGAAGGUGGACGACGCACAUUUUACUCGCACGAUCUGACCCAGAAAUCAAUUGUGAAUCAUGAUGUUGGUCGCAAAAAGCCUCAACAGAAUUAACAAAUUAACUGGCGAAAAAAAAUGUAGCGUCCGUCAUUGGUCCUUGUGAUCCCAGCCCAUCUGGCUCAGUGUUAGAGCCCCUUGAGCCACACAGCCAUCUCAAUUUAAACCAGUAACACAUUUUAUUUCACAUUUGCUGCAUUCUAAAUGUAUUGAUUUAAAAACGCAAUUAUUUUCGCUCGUAUUGACCAGGAUUAUUAUUUUCCACGGAGGUAUAUAUUUUUCCGUGCAUACAAUUGAUUUUACAAACUCUAUCUGAAUGUACAAGUACAGCCCAAUUGGCAAGUUGGUCCACUGAUGGAUGAAGGCCACCCACCACCAUGUUGGUCAUUUGACCGUACUUCACCACACCGGUCAGUGUGGGUAUAAGUUUACACAGAUAAUCCCGUUUAAAACAGGAUAGGGCCAAGCACAGAGUCUUAGUAAUGGGGAACCUAUCCGAUGAUGUGUUAUUGACGGAGACAAUUUGAAAUCAAUCGUUAAAGUAGUUGCAAAUAGUUAAUUGCCGAAUUUGAGAAACUUAUGUAUCUUAGCUUUUCCAACAUGACAGCGUUGAUCCACAGCGUUAUACUCUUUAGACACAUCGUGGAAGUCCAGGGUAUUGAGUACCGCGAAGGCUUGGGACUCUUAACACUUGGUCCAGUUUGAGUCCAAACAACCCGUUGGCUUAGCGAGUUUCCAAGCUGUGUUUCUGGAGUGGAUGAGCUGGGCAGUUUGUGGCUUGAGCCAGGGGAGUUUGCGGUUCCCCCGGGCUCUCGACUUGCUCAAGGAGCGUGUGUUUGUCAACCAUAGAGAGGAAGGUCUUUCAGAAGAGCGGUGUUCAGCACGGGAAUCUUGCAGACGUAAGGUCAGUCACAAUUGGCGAAUUCGUGGAUGAAGGCCUGAUGGUCUCGCAUUAUUUUCAAAGAGCAUUUAAAUGUCAUCUUGUGUGGAGAUGUAAGCGGCAUCCUAUGUUGAAUGCUACGUAUCAUUGAGUGGUCACACAGAUGAUUUCACAGGACGUCAACUUUUAAAAACUUUUCUGGAGCGUUUGACAUGAAGAAAUCAAGGAUUGCCGAGUGAUCUAGGUUUAUUUUUUAUAUUAGGACGGGUCGGUAAACAGGUGAGCUGGGAUAUGUUGAAUUCUAUGUACGUAUGCACGUUGAACUUCUUUUGCACCCUAUGUAGCCAACCGUGGGAGUCGGAGGUGUGGAGGAAGGACAACAAACUAAACACAAAAAAGAAAUGAGUUUCCAAUCUAAAUUUAAAAGCGCAUAGCUCCAGCUUCUUCCAAAUCAAAAUCCGUAGUUAGACUGAAUUAAUCCUAACAACAGAAGGAAGAGUUCCAGACGCACAUCUGAAAGCGCACGAUGCAGUGGCCGUCUUUGUUCAAUCAUGAGCGCAAAGCCGCUGCGAGGACUGGCUGAAGUUCGCGCGAUGGUUCAUGCUCCAUGACUAGAUCAGCAAAGUAUUGCGAUGCAUUUGUGGCAAGAGCACUCUGCGUGUAAUGAGCGCUAAAGCCUAAAGAGGGAACAGGCCAGCUAAAAAAAAGCAUUGGGGACCACAGACAUUGUCCCGCGUUGUGUUCUUGCCCCCUUCCGCAUCACGCGGCUGGUUGAGAUGACUGGACAGCUUCACGAAGGGGGAACGCGAGAGUGGGUCGUGCGACGGCAACACUUCAUCCAAAGGUCGCCCUUCCGGGUAGAUCUAGUUUCCCGGCAAAGCCGGAGCAGGAGCCGCCACGCCUGCCCACACUCUGCAAAACGCCUCCCUGCUCAAUCCCCCUGUAGAUAGCAUUGAGCAAACAAACAAGGGGGGGGUUUCUGCCCCCCUCUAAGCCUCUGCCCAAAGUGGGGAACAUCGACAUUGAAAACGUGAGCAGAUGGCAAUGAUGAAUUUUGCUGAAUUGUCCUCGGUUGCCUGCAGCAGCUGUUUGGUCACCUGUCCAGGCACUGUUCAAGCUCAACCCUGCAUAGCUUCUGAGAUCUAACGUGAUAGCGCGCAUUUUGAGCGAUAUGGUCAUUGGUGGUUUUAUUCAAACAUUUCUAUUAGUGGAGCAAAGUAACUAAUUUGAAACAUAUGCAUGGAUGUUGAACUUCUUUCACACCGUUUUGUAGCAAACCGUGCCCAUCGGAGGUGCAGAAACACAGUGCUUGUGAUGUGUACACCAGCUGUGUUAGAUCUUGCUGCCAAAAUGUAAACUUUUAAAAGUAAAUUUUUUUCCUCUUCAGUACUGUUUUUAGAGCCCACCGAGUGCGUGAAUUUGGGGAGAGCUGUAGCAAUCCGGCCCAGUCCAGAUGAGACUUUAGUAUUUAAGCACGCCUGUGUGCAAUGUGUCGCUCGGUAGAUAAUGAUGUGGUUAUACGCAAGUUGAUUGUACCAGUUAGAUUUUAAUGGCAGAUGAAAAAUACCCCUGUAACCGCAUCAUCAUAUAUGACCCAGCAAUAUAAUGAUAAACUAAAGCUUCAUUUUAUAACGUACCCUUAAUAUGUGAUAAACAGAAGGAAAAAUAAGGCUAGUUAUUUAUUUAAAGAUAACUGUUCUGUUGCUUUGUCUUAGAUAUUUUGCUGUUACCGAUUGCACAUUUAAUUAUAUUUGUCAUGUUAUUUUUACGAUCGUUAGGUUAUUCCGUCUGAAGUAAAUGGACGCUAAAAGUGCAAGACGCCUGUGUGUGCGCUCAGCGCAUUGCACUGUGACUUGUGGGUCUGUCGAUGGUUUCCGAAGGUUUGACUUGGCAAGUGCCAGGCCCUGCUCUUUAAGUGUUGCGAUUUAUCAGCCUUGUGGGGUGGGAGGAAGAAAAAGGCACACACACAGUACCACCGUUCCAGUUCACCCUGGAAAAAGGUGGGGGGGGGGGGAAUUGUGUUUUUGUUUCCCAUUGACGUUGCUUACAUAAUCGCCUGUUCUUUUGUUCAAUCCCAGGUUUCGCGUGUACUGGUGUGUGUGGUGUGUGUCCGUGUGUGUCCUCAGAUUGUGAGGAGUGGUGGUUGGAGUGGUUUUGCGCAAUGCUCUACAAUACCAAUGACCAGGGAUUUCGAUACCAGGCCUGAUGCACAACCCCAUUGGCAGUUGGUAGUAAACCCUAUCCUGGGACUUCCCGGUGAGUACUCGGUACUCACCGGGAAGAGCCGGGAGUACUUGGCGAGUGUUAACAUCGACGCUGGGAAGAUGACGAUAGCUGGCUCUGCGUGGCGCUGGCUAUACCACCUCGUUGCAUUUAGCCUCGCUAUUUGCUAGGCUAAACGUGUGAUUUUAGUUUUCUCCCUUUGAUGCUGGCUGCUGGUCAUAUACAAGCCGCUCGCAUAGUAACUUUAGAAAGCGGCUGUGCCUUCGUUUUAAGUUGAUGUUUCACAGAGCGGUCUUUGAGCCAGGAUAUCACCGAGUUCAUAUUAGACACCCACAGACAGACUGUUCUAGGAGACAGCCUUCCUCUCCACGGUGGCGAGAUGUUAUCUCCCUCGCCUGGUAUACAGGAACGCAAGUUCGAUUCUGACGCUGACGAAACCUGUAUGUUAGGAGUUUGCAUGUUCUCCCUGUGGUUGCGUGGAUUUUUCUCUGGGUCCUUCGGUUUUUCCUUCCAUAUUUAGAAACAUACGUUUAAGAGUUUUUGGCUGCUAUAAAUUUCCACCUGAUAAGCCACUUCAUUGAGCUAUCAAUUGUGGCCAGAUCGCUUCUGAAAAAGAGCUAUAUUGCUGAGUGGGCCUUACCUGGUAAAAUAAAAAAGUUUUGAGAGUAAAUUAGUUUCCUACCAGGCUCCAUUAGCAAUGGCUUUUAUGGAUUCGAGUUUAUUUUCUACUUCUGUCUACUGUUCUUUUUACAACCUAAAUUUUUGGUCAAGUAGUGUCCUGUCGAUUGUAGCAUUGCAUUUGUUUAAAAUGUUAAUCCUUGCCUAGCUCUGUUUUUAUUGAAGGUCAUGUGAACCUCUUGGGCCCCCCCCCCCCCCGGCCGCUUUUCAAUUCUCUCCCCGUGACGCCGAGAAUUUCCCAAAUCAAAGUGAACGCUUACUCUACUAGCGAGACAUUCCGAUCAGCGCAGUGAAUUUUAAACCCUUUACCCCCUUGCGCCCUCCCCUUCCCCACGAGCGACAUUUACCAACCUCCUUCGGAAAACACCGGUUGCGAUGGCAGCGCGCGCUGCUGUCAGAGUGCUGUCGCAAUUGGCCAUGGGAGGGGAAGGCAAAGACACUUGGCUUGCCGGCUAACGACCGUCGCAACGCAGCUUUUGGCACAAAGUACGCCCCCUUUCCCCUCGCUGGCACCAAAAUCCCAAGGCCUCGGCUGCACAGUUGUCAACUUCUUUGUGACUCUUCUGACAUCUUGUGCUGCUGUCGUAGUUCCCUCAAUCUUGCUCAUGGAUCCCGAGGCAAGGGAUAUAAGCGGAGCUGGGGUUGGCGGUCGGUGAGCAUGGAUGGCGGAUGGUUCCGGAAUGUUCAUCCGUCUCUACGUCCUGGAUUUGCCCACAACCACAUCCGUGGUAGCUCCACUGCUGUCAGAUAUUCUCUGUGAAGGCUCUCUGGGGCAAAUAUUUAUUUCCCUAUUUAUUAUCUGGAACACACAUCAGCUCUUUAUCCUUGCAUGGGUGCGUUCGAGUUUAUUUGUUGCUCCGCAGAUGACGAUUUUCUUUUCCUUUGCCACGUUUCCACUGGCGGCGGGGGAUGCCCCCCAUCUCUCGCAAGUGCAUCUUCUCUGCUUCCAGGCUUCAGGUCGUUGCUGCCUGAAGCCUGGGCGUGGUGGACGCGCGUAGUCAGACACUUGGGGUGGGGCAGUUAGGUGCUGUCUGCUGGGCUGCGAGGUGGCCAGGAGAUGGAAAUACGUGCGGUAUUAACCUCGGGUCUUUCUCGGGCAAUUCAAUUUUAUCCCACGUGCAAAAUGUACUCGUUUAGAAAGUGGCCAAACUUGAAAAUGCAAAACCAGUCCAGAAGUGAGUUUGCUCGAAUAAAACGAGGACAUCGUUCUUCUGGCUCGCUGCCUUCCAGCAUCACUCUUGUUUCACCGGGUGCUGAGGAUCCAUCGAUUGCUUUUACAGCUUUUAUAAAUCGAGCCACUUGGUGCACAACCUACAUUGCCACUGACGACGCGAAUGCCUCCUCCCGGCAUGCCUGGUCAUGGAGCGAGCGGGCCGAGGAGUUGCAUCCACGGUCAUGCAGUUGAUGCCACCGCCUCAAAGACUGGGAUUAUCGCAAAGACACACGUCGCGUUGUCGCUUGGGGUUUCGCCUUGAAUGCCCGUGCGUUCAUCCAUUCCCUCCCCUCUCGGCUGCCUCCAGUCAGCCAACCGUCCCCUCCAUGGCACUGCCCUGGUGGUCAUCAGUAGUUGUGGUGAGAAGUAUUUACCCAGUUUUGCGUACGAUUUUAAUUUGACCUUGCAUUCCAAGACAUAUACAAUAGCCGUGGGCAGAGCUGCAAAUGUGAACAAUAAAGAGUUGAAUGUGUGUGUACA